UGAACUCUUGCGCAACAGGCCGCAAGGGGCUAUAAACGCCCGCACCUGUUCAAUUAAAAAAUAAAUUUAUAACAAAAAAGAUGUAUCAACGAAGACUAUACAUAAUCAUCGCAGUAUUAGCAUGUUUUCUACAAGCACAAGGAGCAGACAAAUAUACAGAUGAAAAUAGGCCUUACGAGUUUGGUUUCAACAUUGAGGGUGAACAACACAGACAUGAGAAAAAAGAUGAGAGAGGACUAAUUAUGGGAGAAUUCGGAUUCAUUACCGCUGACGGCGUGUAUCACGUAACAGUAUACGCUACUGAUGAAAAUGGCGGAUUCAAAAUAUUAUCAAUGAAGAACAUCCGUGUGAAACCAUAUCCCGGUACAGAAAGCAAUGAAAGGCAAGGCCACUCACUUCAGUUCCCAGCCUCAUCAUCAGGACCUCCACAACAAAGUUCAAAUACUCCAAAUAUACCAAGCCCAGUUGCACCUGCUCCAGUGAAAUCAUGCUCACAUUGCAGUAUUCCAACUACCACUACUAUAAGACCCCCGCUGACUAAUUUAGCACCAGUGAAUCCAAAUUUAGGACAAGUUUCAGGUAAUCCAUAUCAACUUAAUGGAAAUCAACAAUCAGAGGGCCCCGGUUACAAUCAAUAUCCACAAGGUAAUGGAAAUCAACUAUCUGGGGACCCAGGUUACAAUCAAUAUCCACAAGGUAAUGGAAAUCAGCAAACAGGAAAUCCAAAUUAUCCACAAACAAAUGAUAUAAUUGGAUCACCAAAUUAUCCCGGACAAUCGCAACAAAAUGGACAGUUUCCAGGACAAUAUACAAAUGGACCUUCGGGAGACCGUAAUCCUAAACAAUACAAUAUUAAUCAGCAAAAUAUAGAAUCACCCUUAGGGCCCAAUAAACCUACCCUUUUAUCAGUUAAUAUGCAAGUAGUACCUGGUGACACCGAUAUCCACCAUAGAGGGCCUAAUGAAAAAGAAGGACUACCAAACGGUUUGACUAAAAAUGAUAUGAAGCUUCUGUUAUACACUUUUAAUUAUACUGUCGGUUUCCAUGGCCAUUUUGAAGAAGGAUACACAAAUGGUGCUAAACAAGGGUAUUAUUAUGUUACGGGAAGGAAUGGAGUGAGAACCCGAAUAGAUUACGUUGCAGAUGAAAAUGGCUUCCGUCCAAAAAUUUCACAAGAAGUACUAGAUUUGAUAUCCGAAGAGGUACCAAAACCUGAAACGGAAAAAGAUGAGAAAUAUGGCCUGAAAGGUUAUGAAUUUAAAUGGCUUUAUUACCCAAUUGAUUCAACGUCUCGAUAGUGCCUAAUUAAACAUGUAUAGUUGAAAUAUUUGUAAAUUACUUUAAGUGCCUAGUAUUUUAGACAUAGUGGCUAAACAUUGUAAGAGUUCAAUUUAUAGCUUUACUCAAUUAGAUAAGUACAUAAACACUGCCUAAUA